AGUUCCAAGUGAGAGUGGUAGAGGAAAAAUGAUUCAGUAAUGAAAAAGCUUUAAACAAGCAACAGUGUCAGAACUAGUCAAUCUAAACGACGAGUAAAUAAUAAAAAAAAAACGUUUUGCGUUCACGCAUCAAACAAAAAGGAGGAGACCGAAUAAGGGUUCGAUGAAGAUGCUUGUAGCAUAAAAAGCGUCCUGUAAUUUAUGUGUCGUAAUGGUGUACGAAAACGAACAAAAGACUAUUUGCUGCCAGAAAGAGGUCACCCAACAUUAACUACCCAUCGUAUUAUGCGAAUUCGUCUUGUAAGAAAACUGUUCUGGUCGGCGUCAUGGUCUUAAGCACUGAGUGGUCCCAGGUGGAAAUUAUUGAUCUAAUUAACGACGGCAAUGGGCUCGGAUUUAUGUUGGUCGGAGGCCGAAGUACUGGAGUGGUAAUAAAAGCACUUAUACCAGGGUCGGUGGCGGAGCGGGACGGUCGACUGCAGAGCGGCGACCAUGUGCUCCAGAUUGGUGAUGUUAACUUGCGGGGCUUCAGCUCCGAACAGGUGGCUACCGUGUUGCGCCAAACUGGUCAACAGGUGCGAUUGAUAGUGGCUCGUCCGGUGGAACCAACCUCACCGGACUAUCAGGCUCUGGCUAGCCAUGCGCCCAUUAUCCCCACCAAGAUGCUAACCGAUCCGGAGGAGUUGGAUCGAACCUUGCUGCAAACGGCAGGCUACACGUCGGGAGCUUUUCUUCAAUCGCCGGUCGAAGAAUCUGAAGAGCUCUGUCCUACCCACAUCGAAGUGGUUGCGGUGAACAAUACAAUAAAUAUCGAUACUAACAGUCUAGCCUUAAUAUCCCCUUCCUCGAUUUCGAUUCCACAAGUGCUUAGUCAGCCUCUACUUAGUAUUGCUCAACAGCAGCAGCUCCCACCACCACCAUUACCACCACCAGAUCCACUGGAUUAUAUCGACUUACCGGAAACGCCUGAAACAGAAACGUACGACGUGGAGCUAAGAAAAAACGUUUACGGGUUGGGAAUAACGGUGGCCGGUUACGUGUGUGAGGAGGAAGAUCUUUCCGGGAUUUUCGUCAAAAGUAUUAUCGAAGGUAGUGCGGCUGAAAUGAGCGGAAAGAUCCAAAUUAACGAUCGUAUAGUGGCAGUGGAUGGUAAAUCACUAAGUGGUGUAACCAACCACCAAGCGGUAGAGAUACUGAGGAACACAGAUAUUGCCGUCAGGUUAUCCCUAGAGCGAUUCCUCAGAGGCAGAAAGUAUGAACACCUGCAGGUGGCGUUGAUCGAUACGAACUCAGCAAAUGCACAAACUCCAACUAAUACGCCGAUGUCGCAAUUCAGUUCCCACAGAUGUUCGAUGGUCCAAUCACCUUCUGUUACAACGCUUUCGAUUUGUUUAGCCAAAUCAGAUGCGGAUUCCAUGGUAACGGAAUGUGGAGAGUGUGGUAUCGAGCCGGAGAUGGAAUCAGCAACUACGUACGAUUCGAAUGUGUUUUUGUUAGAAAAUGGUGAUUGCAGUGAGAAUGGAUUGUACGAAAACGGAACGGUGAUUGCUGCAAUGGCAGCAUCGGCGGCCGCUACUCCGAAGAGAGAAAAUAUGGAUCUGGUGCUAGAUAUGCAAGGAGAAACUCUGCGGAGUGCGUCGCAGUUUGCAACUCCGGUCGUAGAAGUGAAUCCAGUGAUCGAAAUGUGGCAGAGACAGCUUCCGGGCAGUCAAGUGAUAUUUGCUGAUAUUCACAAACUUUCCGGUUUGGGCAUUAGCUUGGAGGGCACGGUUGAAGUGGAGGGUGGGGUCGAGGUUCGUCCUCAUCAUUACAUCCGAUCAAUUCUUGAAGACGGCCCAGUCGGUCGGGACGGUACCCUGAAGCCAGGCGAUGAGUUGCUGCAAGUUAACGAGCACCGUCUGCAAGGCUUGAAACAUAUCGAGGUAGUGAAGAUUUUGAAGGAGCUUCCGGCAAAAGUGAGAGUAAUUUGUGCCCGUGGCUCUACUGCUCCAACUGUGAUUAAUACUUCUCAAAAUGCGGAAGCCUUCGAGGCGCGUAGUCUUCUGGCAGGCGGUCUACAAAGCUUGCAGAGUUUGCAAGGUAUCCUGACAAAGGCUCAAUCGGAGAGUUCGCUGUACACAUCCAGUACGGCAACCCUUACUGACCAGCAGCGUUCCAAAUCCGUGGAGCAGGUGUCUGGUCUAGCGUUAUGGACCAAUGAGGUAAUCUACUGUGAUAUCGAGAAGACGGAGCGUGGUUUUGGGUUCUCGAUAUUGGACUACCAGGACCCACUGGAUACGGAGGGAACGGUGAUAGUUGUCCGUGGGCUGAUACCUGGUGGCUCAGCCGAAGCUACCAAUUUCAUCUUUCCCGGCGACCGGCUGGUGUCGGUGAACGAACACAGCCUGCAGGGAGCUACGCUUGAUCUGGCGGUGAGUAUACUGAAAGGUAUUCCCCUGGGGACUGCUCGCAUCGGACUCUGCCGACCGUUGUCGACGUCAGAUAACAACCUGUCAUCCACACCGGAAACACCGACCACAUAA